CAAGUGUCAGGCCGAUGUGUCGCCCGCGAGGGGCCGGGGUCGGGGCCGCCGGGACCAUGCGCGCGGGCUGGGCAGGGGGCCGGCGGGGCGCAGAGCAGAGCCGCCUGGGAGCCUGAGCUGCCCGGGGCCGGGGCCCGGGAGCCGCGCGGGGCCGGCCGGCCGGGGGGAGGGGAGCGAUGCGGCGCCGGCGGGCGGCAGUGGCCGCGGGUUUCUGCGCCUCCUUCCUGCUGGGCUCCGUCCUCAACGUGCUCUUCGCUCCGGGCUCGGAGCCUCCGCGGCCAGGCCAGUCCCCUGAGCCUUCGCCGGCCCCGGGCCCGGGCCGUCGCGGGGGUCGCGGGGAGCUGGCCCGGCAGAUCCGGGCGCGCUACGAGGAGGUGCAGCGCUAUUCCCGCGGGGGGUCCGGGCCCGGGGCGGGCCGGCCGGAGCGGCGGCGCCUGAUGGACCUGGCUCCGGGCGGGCCGGGCCUGCAGCGCCCCCGGUCCCCUUGGGCCCGGCCCCUGCCCGACGGCGCCCCGGGCUGGCCCCCGGCUCCUGGCCCAGGCUCCCCCGGCCCGGGCCAGCGCCUGGGCUGCGCCGCGCUUCGCAAUGUGUCCGGCGCUCAGUACGUGGGCUCAGGCUACACCAAGGCCGUGUACCGGGUCCGCCUGCCUGGCGGCGCCGCGGUGGCGCUCAAGGCGGUGGACUUCAGCGGCCACGAUCUGGGCAGCUGCGUGCGCGAGUUCGGGGUACGGAGGGGCUGCUAUCGGCUGGCGGCCCACAAGCUGCUUAAGGAGAUGGUGCUGCUGGAGCGGCUGCGGCACCCCAACGUGCUGCAGCUCUAUGGCUACUGCUUCCAGGACAGUGAGGACAUCCCAGACACCCUGACCACUAUCACGGAGCUGGGCGCCCCUGUCGAAAUGAUCCAGCUGCUGCAGACUUCCUGGGAGGAUCGAUUCCGAAUCUGCCUGAGCCUGGGCCGCCUCCUCCACCACCUGGCCCACUCCCCACUGGGCUCCGUCACUCUGCUGGACUUCCGCCCUCGACAGUUUGUGCUGGUGGAUGGGGAGCUGAAGGUGACGGACCUGGAUGACGCACGUGUGGAGGAGACGCCGUGUGCCGCCAGUGCUGACUGCAUACUCGAGUUCCCAGCCAGGAACUUCACCCUGCCCUGCUCAGCCCAGGGCUGGUGCGAGGGCAUGAACGAGAAGCGGAACCUCUAUAAUGCCUACAGGUUUUUCUUCACAUACCUCCUGCCUCACAGUGCCCCGCCUUCGCUGCGGCCUCUACUGGACGGCAUUGUCAAUGCCACAGGAGAGCUCACCUGGGGGGUGGACGAGACCCUGGCCCAGCUGGAGAAGGUGCUGCACCUGUACCGGAGCGGGCAGUAUCUGCAGAACUUCACAGCAAGCAGCAGUGCUGAGUACCAGCGCAUCCCAGACAGUGCCAUCCCCCAGGAAGACUACCGCUGCUGGCCCUCCUACCACCACGGGAGCUGCCUCCUUUCAGUGUUCAACCUGGCUGAAGCCGUGGACGUCUGUGAGAGCCAUGCCCAGUGCCAAGCCUUUGUGGUCACAAACCAGACCACCUGGACAGGUCGGCAGCUGGUCUUUUUCAAGACUGGAUGGAGCCAAGUGGUCCCUGAUCCCAACAAGACCACCUAUGUGAAGGCCUCUGGCUGACCUGUCUGAGGGCUCGGCUGACCAGCUGACUGUCCUCACUGGCUGGGCUUGCUUGUGUGGGGAGUGACUUGCACUAGCAGCUCUGCAUGUCACCUGGGAACCCCUGCAGACAAAACUGAAAUCCCAGACAGACCGAUGUGACCAGGACAAACGUGCAAUAAUGCCAAAUGUUAAAAUGUGAGUUUACCAGCCUAGCUAUGGGACUGCUGGCUCCCAGGCCAGGAAUCGUGGGGGAUGACUGCCUCUCCAACCCUCUGGGCAGCAAGCAAGGCUCAGGCUAGUCUCCCCAGUGGGGGCUGUGCCCUUCCCAGAGACAGUUCCAUAGGCAGCCCCGUCACUGUGUUCAGUAGCGUGAGAAUGUAGCUAAAGCCCUGCUGCUGCUGCUGCUGCUGCUGCUGCUGCACAUGCCACGGCAGGCAGGGGGCUGCAUGGGGACAAUCCACCACGGGUGUUCUCUCAGCUUAGCUCUGGACAGGAGACUUGGCAGGGGAUGCUCUGGGAUGUUGGUGAUUCUGUACCUGGGGAGGAUGUCUCUGACCUCCCGACAGGGGGCACUCCCAGGCCAGCCCAGGGAUCAGGGGCAAAGGUGCACACCUCAGCAUGAGCCAAGACUGGGGUUGGAGAGCAGUUGUGGUUUGAGCCAGGACUUGGGGUGGGGUAGGGCCGGGGCCUUUCUGCCUCAUUUGCUUUCAAUGAAAGCCGCAAAGCAGCCAAAGCCAGGCUCUCCCCCUUCCUGGAGUUUGAAUAUCCAGAAUCUUUUGUACUUCUUGUUUGUUAAAUUGUUUAUUUUUGUAAAAAAAAAUAAAAUCAGUUAAUAAAAUGAUGCUUCACAGCAAAAUCUUCCC